UUCUAGUCCACCAGCUCAGGAUAAAGGAAAGAGUCUAGAAUCUCCUCAAGCUGCUGCUAGAGGAACAAGAUCAAAUUUUGUGAAGGAUAAAGUUAUGGAGGAUAGAGUACAUGAAGGUGUUUCCAAUUCAUCACAGUUUGAUAUUGCAUCUUCAGUCAAUGCAGAAGUGAAGGUCUCCUUAAUUUGUAACUCUUCUAGAAAUUCUUAUUUCAGACAACGGAGUUUGGAUGCAGUUCUAGAAGAGAUGGAAGAUGAAUGCCGCAAAACAUAUGGAAUCCAGAAUCCUGAUUUCUCUUUCGUGAAGUUGAUGGAAAAGGUGUGCCGGUUCUUCUUGGAGAUGGACAACGGUUCUAGCAGUGAAACUCGGAGAAAAAUUUGUGAGAAAUCAAAGCAGCCUGAAGGAAAAGAAGUUGUAACAGAUGAUAACGAGGACAACUCUAAAUUGGAGCCGAGUAAGGUUCUACAAGACCCACAAUAUUCAGAACCACAGAUGAUGGAGGCUGUCCUUCAAAAGAAAUACCCCAUUUCUCUCAAAGAUAUAUCUCGUGGUGAAGAUAAUAUACCAGUUCCCCUAGUGAAUGAAAGCAGCACACUAGAGUUGCCAGAUUUUAUCUACAUAAAAAAUAACAUGGUAUACCAAGGUGGCCAUGUUGAUUUUUCUCUUGCUCGAAUAUCAGAAGAUAACUGUUGUGCACAAUGUCUUGGAGAUUGUCUAUCCUCAGACUUGUCUUGUGCAUGUGCUGCGGAAACAGGUGGCGAGUUUGUUUACACGCAGAAGGGAAUGCCGAAGGAAGAAUUUUUGGAUGAAGCCAUUGCUGUGUCUCUGGAUCCUCAAAGAAAACACUUCUACUACUGUGAAAUCUGCCCCCUGCAGAAUGAACCGCAACAGAGAUAUGGGAAAAUAAAACGAUGCAAGGGCCAUUUAACUAGGAAAUUUAUAAAAGAGUGCUGGAGUAAAUGUGGAUGCAACAAGAAAUGUGGAAAUCGUGUUGUCCAGCGAGGGAUACAAGUUGCUUUGCAGGUUUUUGCAGCACCUGAAGGGAAAGGGUGGGGUGUUCGAUCUGUGAAUGCCUUGAAGAAAGGCACUUUCAUUUGUGAGUAUGUAGGCGAAAUUGUGACGAAUCAGGAACUGUACGAGCGAAAUAAUGAAAGGGCUGCUAAAAAGGAGAGGCAUACUUAUCCAGUGCUGCUGGAUGCAGACUGGGGCUCUGAAAGGAUACUGGAGGAUGAAGAGGCCCUUUGCUUGGACGCGACAGAAUUUGGAAACAUUGGCAGGUUUAUCAAUCACAGAUGUUAUGAUUCUAACUUGAUUGAGAUUCCAGUGGAAGUGGAGACUCCGGAUCAUCACUAUUAUAGAGAUUAUGGUAUUCAGUUUGAUGACAAGCAUCAUCCGAUCAAAGCAUUCAAAUGCAAGUGUGGAAGCACGGGCUGCCGAGACAAGAAAAGACGGCAUUAAUCUAUUGAUCAAAGUUAAUUUUUAGUUGCCGCAUAAUGAGAUGGUAGUCAGUUCUGAAUCAGGAAUGGGAAAUAUCAUACCAUUUUGUGGUUCAAAAUAAGA